GUGAUCAAAGACGAAAAGAAAGCAGCCCCAGAUAAAAAACCAGCUGUCGUCUGACGAGCUGACAUCUGUCAGAAGAAACUGUCAAAACUACCGAAAUGUCACUGAAAAUAAUUAUGUGAAAAUUGUAAACAUUUUGUAUAGGAAUGGGAAAAAUAUGAUUUACUUCAACUUUUCUGAAAUUAUCAACACUCGAAACUAUAACUAUGUGAGUUUUUGAUAUUAUGAAUAGGCCUUCGCCAUGACGAAGAAAUUCGAGUUCGAUUGGCAUAUUCCCGUGCCAGAACCACUUUUGUCGGGGUGUGUUUUUGAUCGAUGGACGGAAGACAAGGAUAAUGUUGAACUGGAACAACGGGCAUUAUUCAAAGUGGACGAAUAUGGAUUCUUCAUUUAUUGGAAAAGUGAAGGAAAGGAAGGCGAUGUCAUCGAGUUGUGCCAGGUCAGUGACGUUAGAGCUGGAGGUGUACCCAAAGAUCAGAAAAUAUUAACUAAAUUGACUAACGAACAUGGAACGGAUCUUGAAAACAAAUCCUUGACUAUUUGCAGUGGGACAGAUUAUAUCAACAUCAAUUAUCAACACAUUGUGUGUCCAAAUGCUGAAACUGCUACGGUAUGGUUGGAUGGCCUAAGAAAAAUUACCCAUAAUGUGAAAGCAAAUAAUUUUUGUCCCAUGACAUGUUUGAAAAAACAUUGGAUGCGACUUGGAUUUUCAGUAGAUCAAAAAGGUCACAUACCAGUUAAAGUAAUCGCAAGAACUUUUGCCUCAGGAAAAACCGAAAAACUGGUUUACCAAAUAUUAUCAGAACUAGACCUUCCAUCUGGAAAGGGAGACAGCAUUGAACCUGAAGCUUUUACUUUCGAUAAGUUUUAUGCUCUCUAUCAUAAAAUUUGUCCAAGGAAUGAUAUCGAAGAACUGUUUCGCAGCAUCACUCAAGGACAAGCGGACUAUUUGAAUGUCGACCAAUUCAUUAAUUUUCUUAAUGAAAAACAAAGGGAUCCUAGAUUGAAUGAGAUAUUGUAUCCACUGUAUGAUGAAAAACGUGCCAAAGAAAUUAUCGAAACUUACGAACAGGAUGAGGAAUCCAAAUUAGCCAACAGAUUAACCAAAGAUGGACUAAUAAGAUAUUUGAUGUCUGAUGAGAAUGCUCCUGUGUUUCUGGAUCGACUCGAUAUUUAUAUGGAAAUGGACCAACCUCUUUGCGCCUACUACAUAAAUUCUAGUCAUAAUACAUAUUUAUCAGGUCGACAGUUUGGAGGAAAGUCAUCGGUGGAAAUGUAUCGACAGGUGUUGCUGGCGGGUUGUCGGUGUGUAGAGUUGGAUUGCUGGGAUGGGAGAGGUGAAGAUGAAGAACCCAUCAUUACUCACGGCAGAGCAAUGUGUACAGACAUAUUGUUUAAAGAUGUAAUAUAUGCCAUAAGGGACACAGCCUUCGUUACAUCUGAUUACCCAGUCAUUCUGUCGUUCGAAAACCAUUGUUGUAAGACACAGCAACAUAAACUUGCCAAAUAUUGUGAUGAAAUUUUAGGUGAUCUGCUUUUGAAAGAGCCUUUGGAAGAGUAUCCUUUGGAACCUGGGUGCCCUCUGCCGCCACCCUGUGCUUUGAAGAGGAAAAUCUUGAUAAAAAACAAAAGAUUGAAACCAGAAGUGGAGAAAGAAGAGUUGGAAUUAUUCAGGCAGGGUGAUUUUGUUAUCGAGGAUGAAGAAAAAGAAGAUGCCAAUGCCAGUGCAGAUAGACCUGUUCCACCGGACCUUCCAAAUGAUAUUUCCCUCGAGAACCCUGCAGAAGUGGGGUUACCAGAGGGAGAAGCUAUACCUAGGCCCAUACACACAGGCUCCACCACAAAUGUGCAUCCUUGGUUGAGUUCGAUGGUGAAUUAUGCUCAACCAGUAAAGUUUCAAGGAUUCGAUGUUGCUGAAGAAAAAAAUAUUCACCACAACAUGUCUAGUUUCUCCGAGCCCAAUGGUUUGAACUACUUGAAAACGCAGGCCAUAGAGUUUGUUAAUUACAACAAAAGACAAAUGUCACGUAUCUACCCUAGCGGAGCUCGUGCUAACUCUUCAAAUUAUAUGCCGCAGGUAUUUUGGAAUGCUGGAUGUCAGAUGGUUUCACUGAACUUUCAAACGUCAGAUUUGCCUAUGCAGUUGAAUCAAGGUAAAUUCGAAUACAACGGUAAUUGCGGUUAUUUGCUGAAACCUGAUUUCAUGAGACGUCAUGAUAGGACUUUCGAUCCUUUUGCUGAAUGUCCUGUUGACGGAGUAAUCGCAGCCCAGUGUGCUGUCCAAGUAAUAGCCGGACAAUUUUUGUCUGACAAGAAAAUUGGCACCUACGUUGAGGUAGAUAUGUAUGGUUUACCUACAGAUACUAUCAGAAGAGAAUUUCGUACGAGAUUGGUCCCUCAGAAUGGUCUCAAUCCAGUGUACAAUGAAGAACCUUUUUUAUUCAGGAAAGUCGUUUUACCAGAUUUGGCAGUAUUGAGAUUCGGUGUCUAUGACGAAAAUGGAAAGCUUCUGGGCCAAAGAAUUUUACCUCUGGAUGGUUUGCAGGCUGGCUAUCGUCACAUCUCUCUAAGAACUGAAGCGAACUUUCCAAUGUCUCUUCCCAUGCUUUUCUGUAAUAUCGAAUUGAAAAUAUAUGUUCCUGAUGGUUUCGAAGACUUCAUGGCCGCAUUGAGUGAUCCAAGAGGAUUUAUGGGCGCUCAACAAAGACAAACGGAACAGAUGUCGUCCAUGGGAAUAGAGGUUACUACUGACAAACCAGUCGAGAAAAAGGAGAAGAAGGAGGAAAAUAAAAUCGUGUUUGAACCCAUUACUAUCGAAACAAUAAAGCAGGACAAGGCUUUUCAAAAAAAUACCAAGAAACAACAAAAGGAAUAUGAUGCUUUGAAGAAAAAACAAACCAAAGAAAAGUUAGCUGUCCAAAAAACUCAGUGUUCCGCCAUUGAAAAGCUCAUCAAGGGCAAAAACAAAAAUGACAUUGUGAAUGAUCCGGCAGUUCGGAAAUUGGUAACCGAACAAACCCUUGAGUGGAGCUCGUUGAUGGAAUGUCAUCGAAAACAGGAAUGGGAGUUCCUUAGAAAUCAGUUAGAUGACCAAAGGGAUGUUUUACGUAAACACAUGGAAGUAUUACAGGUACUUCAGAUGAAGCAGUUGGAAGCCAAACACGACAGAGACAUGAAGGAACUGAGCAGUGCGCAAGCUAAGAUUUCAGUGGAAACAGCCAAAGAGGUUACCAGUGAUAAGAAUCUCAAAACCAAGAGAGACAAAGAACGUAGGUUGAAAGAAAAGCAACAAAAUAAUCAAAAGCGUUUUGUGGAUGAACGUAAAACAGCCCAAAUUAAACAGAGCAGAGAAAAAGAGAAGUUGAAAAUUACUCAUGAUAAACAGUUGGAAAUGCUAUCUCACGAUAUCCAAAGAAUGAUAGAUAUGUACAAAAACGAGGAGUUGGAAUAUGAGAUGUCAAGCAAGAGUGAAUUUUUCGCUUGAAUUUCCAUUAAGUAAUGUAGUUCUUAUAUUAUUAUUUGAAUAUAAAUAAAAUAUAUGAUUUUGUUAUAAAAUGUCAGCUAUUCAUGAGUUUUUGUUUCUAUUCACUGUCUAGAGCAAUUUCAAUUAGAUUCUUUUGAGAAGAUGAUUUCAAAUUUGUGAUAACAAGCUUGAUUAUUGAAAUUAAAUCAGUGUAUAUUCAGACCGAACCGAGGGCUACAUUCACAUGAAAGGCUAGUUUUCUUUGUAUUUAAUGAAAUAUAAGGUUGAAUUAAUCAAAAAUAUAAAAUAUUGUGAAGAA